AUGUGGCGGACCCGUCGCAACACGAGCGACCGUGACGCCUUGUCCCUCGUGGUACAUGGACCCGAGUUUCGUAAUGGAGAGCUCUUGGUACUUAAUCCAGACACAUUUCCGCAUAUCAACUUACAUGAUCUUGUAGAGAUCGCACAGCCGGAACGUAUACACCCACGUCUUGUAUUGGCAGUCAAAUCCCUCACCCCUGUACGAGGUAAAGUACAAGUGAGUGUGGCCAGAGACAUUGCAGUACAAUUUGGACUAGAAGCUUUUCGUUCUGUGACUGUACGACGUGUCGAACAACAAGAUGUGGCUGUAGACUUUGUCGAACUGAGUUUCAAAGACCAAUUUUUAUCACGAGCCGACGUCUGGAGAUUUAAAGUUACAAUGUUGGGACAAUGUGUUUACGUAGGUAGAACAGUUGAAUGUCUUGGUAUACGUGGACAAGUGGACGCUAUUUUAACUAGUAACACACGACUUUAUUGUGGAGUCAUUGGAGAUGCUACGAAGAUUGCCGUACGCUCAAGGUCCAGUUGCCUCUUUUGGCUAGUGCAGAUGAGCACUGAGAUGUGGGAAUUUGCUCCUGAUGGACAAGUUUAUUAUGAAAAGCUACUGAAUCGUCUGCUUCAGGUACUAAUUGCCAAGUGGAGUGAGUGUUCCGUAAGCCAUUCAGUCACUAUCAUUGCCUUCUCCAGGAGCUACUAUGACGCGGACCAGUUUCCUGACGGGUUUGAUCCGAGACGGCCACCCUUUUCGGACCCUCGGAGACAAGGAUUUGGUCCUGGUUGCUACGUACCAGGUGUCAACAUGGCUCAAGGAUAUGGCCCCACGAUCCACGUCGAUCCCCUCACUGGUCGGUACUACGAGGACUUCUACAAGGUGGUCAUCAUGAAUUACACAGGACCAGACUGGAGUCGACUGCUGGAACUACUCAAGAAAGAGUUUGCUAGCUACUACGAAAAACAUCGGUGGCGUACGCCAGAAGAGUUUUCUCCAGCACGGUACGAGAUAUGUCGUUGUCCAAAGCAAAAGAGAGAGGUGAGUAAAAUAGCAAAGGCCAAUGCUGAGGACUUCGAAGACAGCAAUGAGAAGUACGUGAAAUGGAUAAAGUUGCCUUCUGGCGUUCCAUCUCGAGCUAAAGAUGGCAACAUUUUAGAAGCCAUUAACGUGACAUUGAAUGUGCUGGACAAGCACUACAUGGAUCGCGACCUUAACCGAACUGGGCAGGGCAUCGUUAUGAUGACAGCUGGAUGCAGCAUUUUCAACGUGAACAGCAAACUUGCUGAGAUCACAGAGCAGCGCAUGAUGGACAGCGGAGUGGGCAUGGAUAUGAUAUCGUUGUCGACGCCACCGUUGCAUGUGGUUCCGUUGUUUAUAUACUGCAACCAGUCAUCCUUGAAGACAGAAACUACCAUUUUCGAGACGGCAAGCUUCCUGCAUAAACUUUCCUUAAAUGAAAUUCCAGGUGUAGAGCCGAAAACAUCUCCGGAAACUGCGGCGUCCUUCCAUGACAUUCCAAGCCUCAUUUCGACAUCCCAGCCUAAAAGCCCCGUGUGGGUAAGAGCUAGCAGUGAUGUUCUCCAUCCGCCACCCGCCUCAGCCACGCUCAAUAACACCGCGGUCGUGGCAGACCCAUCCGGUGGAUCAAUAGAAAAGCUGACGUAUGACGUUCCACACUGGGUUAACAUCACAUUCUUGGAUUUCGAUUGCAGCUGUGGGCGAGCAAGCAACAACUUCAGCCCGUCUAACCCAACUGCCACGCCAAUUACCAACCCGCACGAGCCAACUGAACAGCAUAAAGGCCGUGUCUGGCAUUCUUACGGUUGCCGAUUCAAACGUUACCAGCAAUUCAAUCCGCUGCCAUCAUUUCGGAUGUUUGACAUUACUGCGCCAUCAGAGAAACUAGCAUUCCCGGUGAUGCUGCGAAACCUGAUGCGCAGCGAUUUUAAAACGUCAUCAAGUUGCGGACUUAGCGCCAUACCGACUUAUGUUAAACAUGACGAGGAGGCUAGCAAUGAUGACCUCGAAAGUGGAGAAUUUUGCGACAACGCCGGAGCUUCCUUGUCAAACAAGGUAAAUGGAAGUCAGAAUCAGCCACUAUUCGAGACGAGCGAGCUACCUAACCCGGCAUCUCCAACACCCCCACCAGAGCAAUUGCGAUUUAGCCGAUCUCCUGACUUUGAUCCCUUUCUAGCAUCAACACGAUUUCCUACUAACCUGGGUGCUACUUUGCACGUGCGAGCCGCACUCACGGCGUAUGAUGAUAGUGUAUUCUCGCCUGGGAUGGGAGACAGUAAAUGUACCGCCAGUGGAAACUUCUGCGAUCGACGGCAUGGUUUUGUUCCUCAUGAAAUCCAUAAAGAACAUGAAGAUGUCACCAGCGCUACCAUUGCCGGCGAUGGCCAUCUUGAGUGGUUUCUUCGCAGUGUACGAAAGGAAGCAUUACACGCGAGAGAGCGCAGCCUUAGCGGUAACGCUAGUACUUUCCAAAAGGAAAACUCUUUUCUCACCGGUGAAAGCAACAGCAUGAUUCAGACGCUGAUUCCGCCACUAAAACUUAAUCUUUCGAACAAAGGGCCCAACUUCGAUCAAGCGGAUCGUAGCAUCGCGAUACCGCCUCACUCAAUUGCAAGUGUCGACGCAAACCCGUCAUUCUCUCAGAAAGUAACUCUUAAGAGUUCUGUGGAGCGGCGGGGCUAUAUCAGUCUUUAUGGCACCCCAGGAACAAAUCGAGAGGAGAAUUUUCGACCUCUUGCACGUAAUGCGACCAUGAACAAAGAGCUGCCAUCAACGUCUAGUCACUCCAUUGCAUUCUUCUCGCAACCGCGAAAGGACGGCUACACCGAUAAGCUGACGAGCAACCAGCGGCAUUACAGCAACCCAAGCUCUCCUAUGAAUUGUUCACGCAAGAAUCACUCGAAUUUUUUUAGGUUGGUGCCUGCAAGUUUGAGCUUUAAGGCUAUGUCGACUUCAGAACUUGCACUCACUCCGAUUGAUCAGCGGAAGGCAGCUGUAAACCCCUUCCGGUACGCCAAAGCUCAAAGCUCCCAGCGUUUAUCGAAUGACAGACAGCGAUGGAGCCACUUGUUUCCUGCUUCAAUUCAUUCUGCCCACCGCAUAUCUACAGGCAUUACAUCGGAAGUUGGCGAACCGAUAUUCCUUGGCCCAAACUGGACAAGCCUUACGUCACCAGCUAUACUUCCGCUGACGACUGACCAUAUCCCGUCCCCGCAUGAGCUACGCCAGAGCUACUCGGAAGCAUUUUAUACACUGACGAUUCCUACGACAGCAAUGCAAACACCAGCAAUUGAAAGCGUACCUCGCUACCGGAAUCACGACGAACUCUUGGCCGAGAUGAUCUGCCAACGGCUAGCCCGCGAUUUUCAACUCGUGUCCACCUGCGACUCGACUGCGUCGCUAAUGGGUAUUGAACCAUCUUCUAAGAAUCGGCGAAGAUUGUAUCAUUUGAGCAUGGGGCAUCGAAUCCACCAGCUCAUUUACGAUGCAGAGCGGCAAACGGUCGAAGUAAAGAGGUUUGUCCAGCGUGAACCACAUGAUCCCAAAGUUGCCUCCACUUCCUACAAUUACUCGCUUUGGGUUGAACUCACUCAAUCGUUUCAACCGCAUCAGCAAACAUUUCACCGCUACCCGCGACCGGAGGAUAACUGGAAUGCCCUGGACAACUUGCUCUGCGGCUAUCUUGAUGAUAUGGCAGAUACAAUGAAAUGCCGCCGAAUUCGGUUUGCUAUUGUACCCCCAGUUUUUACAGAUUCUAGCAGUGAUGUCGCCAAUAAUUCCUCGACAGCAUACGCAACGAAGUUUACCAAGUUCAUUGAAUUUUUGCAAUCUCGUGUCGCUCCAUCGGAAUUUGGUGAGUUUAAUAAUAUCAGUAUUAAUAUGGUAUUGGAACGUCCAGGGGCUACACGAGAAACUGAUGAGGGCCCAUCGCUAUGUGAGAAUCGCAUGCUAAGCUUUAAAAUUGUUUGUAAAGCGUCAUCCUUGGCCGUUUCAUUGUCAUCUGCCUCAAAACUGGAGGAUUCGAGAACUGAAUGGGUCAUGAUCCAGCUGGAAGAAACGAUGGACAUCUCGCGCUGUUUUCACCUGGAUGUGCGGUGGUUAGCUUGCAGUGGAAUUGCAGCAGACGAAUUUGUAGGAGCUGUACGGCGGCGAGCCAAACAAUCGGGCUUGGAUUUACGCCGUGUGCCAGAGUACUCCAGUGUCUCGUGCGUGCAAAUUCACCCUCUCAUAGCGUCCGUCUUCUUACCACUUCCCAUCCAGAUAUCGAAAUCUUUCGUUGCCACACUAACUCAAACGCUAGAUUUUGUGCCGGACGACGAACAAAUUGCGGACGGCAGUGGUAUAGGCUACGGACUUCGCAUUGAGCAAGAAAUCUCGGCUGCCAAACCGAGGGUCAGUAUGCGUGGUCAUCGCCGUUCUCCUUCGACCAACGCUCAAUUACUGCUAGAGCGCUGGCAACAACGCGGUUAUAAGCAGUUCAUUCACCGUCGUGUACCUGUGUCGGUCCGGAUUAUUCACGACGGACUCAUUUGGAUCCCCGGCUACGACUAUGACCGCAAGGUCGAUGGUGCUACUAAUAAGGCUGCCACCGAGGCGUUGUUUCAAGAGGUUUGCACUACUAUUGAGUCGCAAUGUGGUGAUUGUCGUUAG